AAAGAUCAUCUAACCUAGAAAAGCACUUAUCUCCGUAGUUAUCCGGCAAUCGUUGGAUCGAUUGGCGAAUUUCUAGGGUAAAGAGUAAGUUAAUUCGUAAAGGAAGGCUUUGGUCGAUGUGAGGAUGCAGGCAAAGCGGUGUUGGUCGAUAUUGUUGGUCAACUUUAUAAUCUAUACGCAGACUGCUCAACCCGACAAUUAUCCACCACGUGCUCAAGGUACUCUAAAACCACUGUAUGUCGCUAGAUUAGGAGAUAUAAAACGGUUAAGAUGUGCUGUGACAGGGCUUCCACCACCGAAUAUCACAUGGAUCAAAAAAGACCAGCCUUUGCACCAGUCUGAGAGGAUAAGAAAGCUAAACAAGAACAAAACUAUUAAGAUCAAAGGAGUCCGACUUGAUGACCAAGGCAACUACACCUGUAUUGCUGAAAAUCCUCUCGGUAAAGUCAACCUGACGCUCCAGUUAAACGUGCGUCAUGAUGAAAUUCUGACAACUACUGGUUCACCACUAGCAACUAAAAGGCCCACAACUGAGCAUCAGGCUAGAGAUUUCAUGACGAAUCUCAAGACUCCGGAAUCAACAAGAGCACCGAUAUUUAGUGAUCCAAACUUGCUGAAGAGAUCGUUCAGGGCAUGGCCUGCAUCACACUCCAUACGACUAAAAUGUCAAGCAAUUGGUGCACCACCGCUCAAAUACAAAUGGUUGAAGGACGGAAAGAUCAUAAAAAAACGACGUAUGGACCCAUAUGUUAAUUCUUCCCUUUGGUACCUGAAACUGCGAGAUCUUGUACCCGAUGAUUCUGGGAGAUACACCUGCAUAGUAUCCAAUCAAUAUGGUUCGAUAAAUCACACUUUUACUCUUCAAGUUGUUAUUAGACCUCGGUCAGCUCCGAUCCUACAGACAUGUCUUCUAAAGAACAAAACUGUGCAAGUUGGAGAUAAUGCAACAUUAACCUGUAUUGUUUUGGUUAGUGGAACUCCCUUAGAUUUCAGAUGGCUUAAAUGGAACAAAUCCGUCAAUUCUAUUCCGAAAACUUACAAUGAAAUUUUAAAUGGAUCAUAUCGCCUUGUAGACCCAUACUAUUACAAGACCGUUGGAGUAAAAAGUAAUUAUGGUGUCGAGUUGAAUAUUGUAAAUGUGACUGAGGACGAUUUUGGACUCUACACUUGCUUUGUGAGCAAUCAUAUUGGCAACGACUUCAGUAGUGCAUUCCUCAUCAAAAAUGUGCAACCCAAGGAUGCUGUUACGGGAAAUCUAUUUACAUCAACGGUAUCGACAGUUGGAUUGGCACCAGUGAGUUCGACUGAGAACCACCCAGAUGUUCUUGGAAAACAACACCCUCAGCCGGUUGAUCCUAACCACUCGAGAUACAUUAUUCCGGUAGCGAUGCUGUUAUGUGGAGCUGUCAUUGCCGCAACCGUGGUGGCAUGUUGUCUUUGGAAAAAACUAAAAGGAACGUUUCCACGUCAGGCUUUACAGAUGGAUGUAAUUACUUAUUCAGGAGAACCAAGAAAAUUACACAACGAGCACGUCUUCCCCCCCCCCCCCCAAAUGUGAAUAGACCGUUAGAGUAACUUCGUUUGACCUCAAAAGAACGAAUCGUUCGACGUAAACAGAGCCAGCGGACUAGUGAACUGAAAUAUACCCAAAUAGAUUAACCCUUUCCAACAUCAGUAUGCAUAUUCUCCAUGCUGUUCUCUAUACAUUUCCUAAGGUGCUGACAAGGAGAAUUUGUUUAACAAUCAAGAGUUCCUUUGACUGUCAUUUUCUUUAUUCUCAUAACCUGAAUGUGUGAUUCAGAGGUGAUGUUGUAAGGAGAAAUUAGAUGCUAGUCACUCUUAGGGGUUAAACGGUUAUAAGGUAGCGAUGGUUGAGAAAUAGCUAAGUUGCCUUAUAGUAACUAUAACGUUCAUCAUACGACUUGACAAUA